AUGGCGACGAAGAAGCAGCUGGCGGCAGCAGUGGCACCGACAGAGUCCGAGGAGGCCAAGACCAAGAGCAUGGUCGCCCUGAUGAGCCUGCUCCGUGCAACCAUGUCGGAGGAAAAGGCCGCCGGUGGUGCGGCAGCCAUCGGCGGCACUGGGGAAGAGAAGGUGGAGUGGCUCCGGUCGCAGCUCAUCGGGAAGGACGCCGAGUUCGACACGCCGUUCGGCCGUCGCGCGCUGACGUACGCCGACCAGACGGCGUCCGGCCGGAGCCUGCGGUACAUCGAGGACUACCUCGUCAAAGAGGUCCUCCCCUUCUACGGUAACACGCACACGGAGGACAGCCACGUCGGGAGCAAGACGACGCGGCUGGUGCACAAAGCGGCGCGCUACGUGAAGCGCUGCGUGGGCGCCGGCCCCGGCGACGCUCUGCUCUUCUGCGGCUCCGGAACCACGGCGGCCAUCAAGCGGCUGCAGGAGGUGAUGGGCGUCGCCGUGCCCUCCGUGGAGCUGCGCGCCCGCGUCGCGGCGCAGCUGCGCGCCGAGGAGCAGUGGUUGGUCUUCGUGGGGCCCUACGAGCACCACUCCAACCUGCUGUCGUGGCGCCGGAGCCUCGCCGAGGUAGUCGAGAUCGGCGUCGACGCCGACGGGCUCGUAGACGUGGCCGCGCUCCGCCGCUCGCUCGCGUCGCCGGAGUUCGUGAACCGGCCCAUGCUGGGCUCCUUCUCCGCCUGCAGCAACGUCACGGGCGUCGUGACGGACACGCGGCAGAUCGCGCGCGUCCUGCACGAGCAUGGCGCCUUCGCGUGCUUCGACUUCGCCGCCAGUGCACCAUACGUGAAGAUUGACAUGAAAUCUGGUGAAAUCGACGGCUACGACGCAGUCUUCUUGAGCCCACACAAAUUCGUUGGUGGACCGGGCACACCAGGCAUCCUAGUGAUGAACAAAGCACUGUACCGGCUCAACGCUCAGCCUCCUUCCACAUGUGGCGGUGGCACCGUGGCCUACGUCAAUGGCUUCAACGAGGAGGAUACAUUGUACUACGAUGAUAUCGAGGAGCGGGAGGACGCAGGCACGCCACCAAUCCUCCAGAAGAUCCGUGCAUCGCUUGCAUUUUGGGUUAAGGAGUACAUUGGGUAUGACAGGAUGAGCCUCAGGGAGCAAGUUUACUCCGAGAUGGCAAUGAAAAGGCUCGUCAGCAACCCAAACAUAAGGGUUCUUGGCAACACGGACGUAGAACGCCUACCCAUCUUCUCCUUCCUCGUCUACCCUCCUGUCACCAAUAAUCCUUUGUCUGAAGCUGUUGCUGCUGCUGAUAAGCCUGGUUGCAAGCAUCUCCCACUCCAUGGCCGUUUUGUCACCAGGCUUCUUAACGAUCUUUUCGGUAUCCAAGCAAGGGGUGGAUGUGCCUGUGCAGGCCCCUAUGGCCAUACAUUGCUCAACAUUAAGAACGACCUUUCCCUUCGCAUCCGGUCUGUGAUUCUUGAGGGUUAUAGUGGACUGAAGCCAGGAUGGACAAGGUUGAGUUUUGCUUACUACCUGUCCAAGGAGGAGUUCAACUUCAUCCUGGCCGCCAUCGAGUUCAUCGCGUUGUACGGCCACAGGUUCCUCCCUUUGUACAAAUUUGACUGGAUUACCGGCGACUGGACAUUCCGGAAGCAGGCGAUUAAGUACCAUAUCAUGAAGGAGGAGCUGGCUCUUGCCACUGGUCUUCAUCUCUUGGCUGAGAAUGGCCAGCCAAAGGUUUCAGAUAAAUUGACGACGAAACCUGGGGUUAGUCACGACAAGUUUGAGAGCUACUUAGAGCAUGCCGAGAAAAUUGCACUGGCAUUGCCAGAUAUUAGUCAGCAGACUGUCAGUAUCCCAAGAGGAGUAGACCCUGACUUGGUUCUCUUUCAUAUAUAG